GUUAUCAGAAAAUGUUAACAGAAUACGAGACCAGAAUGUGGGCAAAGACCACUAUCCACCAGAAUGCGGAAAAUGGUUAUUUGAAAGAAGUUAUAACUGAAAAGCAUUGUGUUCAGUCCAAUACUCCACUGUCACAUAUUCAGCUAGCUUGUUGCUGGAAGUAUUGUGCUUUCCCUCAUGACAAACGAGAUGUAUGUGUUUGGAAUAUCCACAAUCCAAUCCUGCAGACCCUGGAAUUGAAAGGCCACCACCAAUCAAUUACUGCACUAACAUUUGGAAACCACUAUGAACCAACACUUCUGUGUUCUGCAGCUGAAGAUUAUAUCAUUAUAUGGGAUGUGGAAGCAUGUCAAAUGAAAAUACAAGAAGGCUCUGUCCCAAGAGGAACUGUUGUAGGAACUCUCCUAGGAAAGGUGUUAUAUAUAUGCUUCAGUCCAGAUGACCAGACACUGGCCACUUGUGCAGAUGACAAAAUCUAUGUGUUGAACAGUAAGCAGGAGGAUAUUUUGGCCAUCUUAGAAGGUCAUCUUGGAAUGGUAACAGCUGCAGAAUUUUGUCCUUGGCAAUUGAAUAUACUCAUAUCGAUUUCUGAAGAUAGGACUUUUAAGGUUUGGGAUCUCACUAGUAAUGCAUUGCUGUAUCAGUCGGCGGUUUUAUCAGGUUCCCCUCUUUUAAGCUUGUGCAUGGACAACAGAGCUAAUCAGUUUAUUACUGGAUCUGCUAAUGGACAGUUAGAUGUUUUCACUUUACUGAACAGACAGCAGUGUCGUCGUGUGCUGCACAUUGACCUACGGAAAGAACAGCAGAAAUACUACUGCAAGAUCCAGCAGAAAGUCAGAUUAUCAGAGAAUGCAGAUGUCGAAUAUAUAAACAGCCUGAGUAAUUGUAAGAAUCUGCACUAUUCUUCACCCUAUCUCAAUGGUAAUGAUUUGGAAAGAGGACCACAUGCAUGCAUUGAACUUCCAAUCCUCAGAAUGUCUCAUUGUGAAUAUUUAUUAAGUGGCUUAUUGAAAAAGGAUUCAAGUUUUACACCGGAAGGCUCCAGCAGCCUAUGGGUAGGGACAAUAAAUGGCUUAUUCAAUAUUAAUCUGGCCACUGGCGAAAUUGAUGCUACUGUGCAAUUUGAAGAUCAUCUUGGCUUAAGCAUUCAGACAGCUGGAUCUUAUGCAAUAGGAAGUAGCAGCACUAACAAGAUUUUCUGUCUCCUUUCUUCCAUGUUUGGAAAGCAUAUUGCUCUGCUGGAAGUUCAUAUGCAUAAACUUGCAAAAAUGUGUCUACAAUCUCGCAACGAGGAGGAAUCACUCAGUAUCAUUGCCAGAUCACCUUUGCUGCCCACUUCCCCUUUAAACUGUGAUCUGCAGCAGAAAGAGAAAAGUAAGCUAGCCGGGCACUCAAAGGCAGGAGAUGGAAAGCUGCUUGCUGUUGGAUUGGCUGACUGUUCCAUGCUUGUUUAUAAUUCAUCACUUACUGGACCCCCGACUGUGUUUAAAGGUUAUGAUGGAGCUGUGAAUUGUGUUGGUUGGACUCAGAAUAAUAAAUGGCUGUUGACAGCUUCGGAAGACAGGUCAUUAUGGAUCUGGCCAGUUCAUGGCUCUACACCUGCACUGAUGUUGGGGCGUGAGACAUUAUCAAAGCCAGCACAAUCAGCGCAGUUCUAUUAUAUGGACAAAUUUCUCUUGUUCUCUUCAGGAUCAGAGUUUCAGCUGCAUCAAUAUCAUUUGGAUACAAGCAGGGAUGAUAUCAAAAGUUACAAAAGGAAGAGCAAAAGCAGAUUGGUUGGCAAAUUCAAGAUGGCUGGCACCCAGGAGAUCAGUUGCUUGUCUGCAGUGAAUGACUUCUACUCCUAUAUUGUUCUGACAGCUGGCACAAACCAUGCUUUGGAGGUGUUUGAUCUGAAUGUUGGUCAAAGUGUAGUAACUGUUCCAGAUGCUCAUGCUAGACCUGUGCACCAGAUUUGCCAAAAUAAUGGCUCAGUGUUUAGUACCCAGCCUUCUGAAUCCUAUAAUCUCUUCCUGACAACUGCUAUAACGGAUGGGAUUAAAUUGUGGGAUUUGCGGACACUGAGAUCUGUGCGUCGAUAUGAAGGACACCACAAUCGUUGCCAUCCUUGCAGGAUUGCCCUGAGUCCCUGUGGGAGAUUCUUGGCCACAGGAUCUGAAGACAAAUGUGCUUAUCUGUUUGAACUUGGCUCCAGUAACUUCAUCCACAAGUUAUCGGGACAUACAGAAACUGUCAUUACUUUGGCAUUUAACUCUUCUGUACCCAAGCCAUGUUUUGGUCAGUUGGAUGCCAUAACUUGCAUUACUAUUGUAAAAGCAACUUGA